UCAAAUCAUUUCGCUCAUUAUACUGAUUGAAUUCCUCUUGAAAUUUGUGUAAAAUCUGUGUUUUUGAUCGUUUCGAUUCUUCGGGAAUCAACAAUGGCGGACGUUCUGAUGGGAGAGACGGAGACCUUUGCGUUUCAGGCAGAGAUCAAUCAACUUCUCAGUCUCAUAAUCAACACUUUCUACAGCAACAAGGAGAUCUUUUUACGUGAACUCAUUAGCAAUUCAUCCGAUGCGUUGGAUAAGAUUCGAUUUGAGAGCUUGACGGACAAGAGCAAACUUGAUGCUCAACCGGAACUUUUCAUCAGGCUUGUCCCUGAUAAGGUUAAUAAUACACUGUCUAUCAUCGAUAGUGGCAUUGGAAUGACUAAAGCUGAUCUGGUGAACAAUUUGGGCACUAUUGCGAGGUCGGGAACCAAAGAGUUCAUGGAGGCUUUGCAAGCAGGUGCUGAUGUCAGUAUGAUUGGUCAGUUUGGUGUUGGUUUCUACUCAGCCUACCUUGUUGCUGAGAAAGUAAUCGUGACCACCAAACAUAACGACGAUGAGCAAUAUGUUUGGGAAUCUCAAGCUGGUGGAUCGUUCACUAUUUCAAGGGAUGUCCAUGGUGAACAAUUGGGGAGGGGAACCAAGAUGACUCUCUUCCUCAAGGAAGACCAGCUGGAAUAUUUGGAAGAAAGAAGAAUUAAGGAUCUGGUGAAGAAGCACUCUGAGUUCAUCAGCUACCCAAUCUUCAUAUGGACUGAAAAAACUACUGAAAAAGAGGUUAGUGAUGAUGAAGAUGAUGAAUCCAAGAAGGAAGAGGAAGGUGACGUGGAGGAAGUGGAUGAGGAAAAAGAGAAGGACAAGAAGAAGAAAAAGAUCAAAGAGGUGUCCCAUGAAUGGCAAUUGAUCAACAAGCAGAAACCAAUCUGGCUUCGAAAACCCGAAGAAAUUAGCAAAGAAGAGUAUGCUUCAUUCUACAAGAGCCUGACUAAUGAUUGGGAGGAACAUCUUGCUGUCAAACACUUCUCUGUAGAAGGGCAGCUUGAGUUCAGGGCUGUGCUUUUUGUUCCAAGAAGAGCUCCAUUUGAUCUAUUUGACACAAGGAAGAAAAUGAACAACAUCAAGCUCUAUGUAAGAAGGGUCUUCAUCAUGGACAACUGUGAGGAGCUCAUUCCAGAGUACCUUGGAUUUGUAAAAGGAGUGGUGGAUUCCGACGAUCUCCCGCUCAACAUAUCUCGCGAAAUGCUUCAGCAGAACAAGAUUCUGAAGGUGAUCAGGAAGAAUCUUGUGAAAAAAUGCAUUGAGAUGUUCAAUGAAAUAGCCGAAAACAAAGACGAUUAUAACAAGUUCUACGAUGCUUUCUCUAAGAAUCUCAAAUUGGGUAUCCACGAAGACAGCCAAAACAGAGCCAAGAUUGCUGAUCUUCUUCGAUACCACUCGACAAAAAGCGGCGAAGAGCUGACCAGCAUGAAGGAUUACGUAACGAGAAUGAAGGAAAACCAAAAGGAUAUCUACUAUAUCACUGGAGAGAGCAAGAAAGCUGUUGAAAACUCCCCAUUCUUGGAGAAGCUCAAGAAGAAAGGAUACGAAGUCCUGUUCAUGGUGGAUGCCAUCGACGAAUAUGCUGUUGGACAAUUGAAGGAGUACGAUGGUAAGAAGCUUGUUUCAGCCACAAAAGAAGGACUAAAACUAGACGAUGAAACUGAAGAAGAGAAAAAGAAGAAAGAAGAGAAAAAGAAAUCGUUCGAGAAUCUAUGCAAAGUGAUCAAAGAUAUCUUGGGAGACAAAGUCGAAAAAGUGGUGGUUUCCGAUAGAAUUGUGGACUCUCCUUGCUGUUUAGUAACGGGAGAGUAUGGAUGGACAGCCAACAUGGAGAGAAUAAUGAAGGCUCAGGCAUUGAAAGAUAACAGCAUGAGUUCCUACAUGUCCAGCAAGAAGACAAUGGAGAUUAACCUCGAUAAUGGAAUCAUGGAGGAGCUGCGAAAGCGAUCGGAGGUCGAUAAGAACGAUAAAUCCGUUAAGGAUUUGGUGAUGUUGCUUUUUGAGACGGCUCUUUUGACGUCGGGAUUUAGUCUUGAUGAUCCAAAUGUGUUUGCUGGAAGGAUUCAUAGGAUGUUGAAACUGGGAUUGAGCAUAGAUGAGGAUGAUGUUGGUGGAGAUGAUACUGAUAUGCCUGGUUUGGAGGAGGGGAAUGAGGAAAGCAAGAUGGAGGAGGUUGACUGAGUUAAGUGGUACCGUUUAUACUUCUCUAGCUUCGCGGACGUCCGCCAUUUUGUUUUUCUUUAUGUUGGUUUUCUCCUCUACAUUGUUCUUCCCUAGCAUAUGGACAAUAUAACGUGCCAACCAAUCGGAAAUUAGAAAUUUUAAACGACAUUUAUUUCU